AUGGUUAACUCUCAUGUAGACGAGUUCGAAUACAGUUACUACGAUUAUGGACGUUCGAUGCAACAUUAUAAUGGCACCCUAAGUUUCCAUGUACAUUCGUGGCCGGAUUUGACUCGUGUCGUUCUGGUCAUCCUGUUGCGCAUUGGCUUCGUCAUGAUACACGUUGGUAGUGUGCCAGUGAACAAUGUCAAUCUGAUUCUGCUUCAGAAUAUUGUCGACGUUUGUUGGGUGACAUUAACGUAUUCGUUGAUUGGAUAUCUGAUCGCCUUCAACGGCGACACGAAUGGAGUGAUAGGAGGAGGAGUUUGGGUCGGUAACGCGGCCGUCGAUAAGGAUGAUGUUUUGAUUGGAUGGUCGGCUGUGGUAAUCGCAGCAGCGAUUUGCACUUGCGGGAUCGUCGGAAGAACCCAUACCGUCGGCUACCUCGUAACAGGAUUCCUUCUGGCUGCUUUGUUGCAGCCAUUCUUGAUCCAUUGGGUCUGGUCUCCUAAAGGAUGGAUGAGGACGAAUCUACUGAAUGAAGAGGACGUUAGGUUUCGGGACUAUGCUGGCUCGACAAUUGUUCAUCUGGUCGGUGGACUGUCGGGAUUGAUUGGUUGUAUGACCCUCGGAAGAAGGAUACUCCGGUUGAGCGCUUUAGAUGACGCGAGUAUCGCUGCUGGUACCUCAGGAACCGUAUACGCGGGUGAACUGAUGGUAUUCAUUGGACUUCAGAGUCUCAGUAUUCCAAAUGAUACUUUCCGAAUUAGAAGUAAAGAUCAUGGUCACGUCUACCUGAACAAUUUACUAGCCGCGUCAUCGUGCAGCGUGUUUGUCGUGGCUUUCCACUUCAUGGUCAGCGGAGAAGAAUUCAAUCAUUGGACGGUAAUGAGAUGCGUUCAAGCAUUGGCAGCCGGCCUGUCGAUAGUAGCUGCUGGAACGGACUUUUAUUCGCCUCAGAUAGCAAUCGUUCUGGGCUUUAUCGGAAGCAUCGUAUUCUUUUUAGUUUCCAAGCUAAUCUUUCAAAGCGCCCUUGAGGACUAUUGCAACAUCGUGGCUACCCACGUUGCCUGUGCUUUCGUGGGAAGCUUCUUGGCUCCCCUUUUCGACAUCGACACGGAGGCAACUCUGACAGCGAAUGUGUACCAAUUCUUCUGGCAAUUGAUUUGUCUGAUCACGAUAAUCACCAUGGUUUCGAUCGUCAUGUACAUUUCUUUUACUCUGCUGGAACGUUUUGGUCUAUUGAGAAACCGAUCGGAACACUUGAAUCAUAUGAGGGCAAAUGUAGCCAUGGAAGCUCUGGACGUUCCUCGAGGGAACUUUUUUCGAAGGCUUUUUCAUACCGACGACGAUCCUGUUUACAUUCAACCGGGAUCUACAUCUGACUCCGCUCGACGUCCGAGUGUAGGUACUCAUGCCAUGAAGUACCAAGCUGAGGACGCUGCCAUCGAAAAGGGUAGGGUGGUUGAGCCAAGACCGCGUACAUAG